AUGGGAUUACUGUCCAAAGCUACAGCGGUUGUCCUCGUCACCGGAGCAAACCAAGGAAUAGGAUUCGAGAUUGUGAAGAAGCUGGCCACCGAGCAGCCCAACUUCCACAUCUUCCUCGCAUCACGGUCACACGCCAACGGACAGAAGGCGGUCGCCACUCUCCCCAAACUCGCGGAGCACACCUCCGUCGAAGCCCUGGAGCUGGACGUCAACCACGACACAUCCAUCACCAAAGCCGUCCAACACCUGGAAGCCCACCACGGCCGCCUCGACGUCCUCAUCAACAACGCCGGCAUCAUGUCCGUGGACGGCGUGCCCUUCCGCGACAACAUGCGCCAAGUCAUGGAGACCAACGCCAUCAGUGCCGCCUGCGUCACCGAAGCUUUCCUCCCCUUGAUGAAGAAGGCCGACCAGCCACGCCUGCUCUUCACGUCCUCCGAAUGGGGCUCCAUCACCUACUGCCUGGACGCCUCCCGCCCCUUCCACGGCUACGACGCCAAGCCGUACUUCACCUCCAAGGCCGCCAUGAACAUGGUCGGGGCCCAGUACGCCGUGCAGCUCGGCAAGGAGGGGUUUAAAGUCAACAUCGUUUCGCCGGGCUUCAGGUCCACGAAUCUGACGGGGUUCCAUCCGAUGGCGAGCCAUCCUAGCGAGGGUGCGUUGGAGAUCUGUAGGUUGGCUGUGGAUCUUGACAAGGAUGGCCAGCACGGUGUUUUCAGUGAAUGGGAAGGGAGGCAUCCGUGGUGA